AUGAAUAAUUAUAUUCCUAUAACGGACAAUCCCCACUCCGUCGAAAGAAUGCCGCUUGAUCCCCGUAUUAAUGAUUCACAUCUCGACAUUAUAAUACCUAUGGAUGGCAAUUCUAAGACGAUUCUCGGGGAGCAGGCCAACUACACAGUGCCUGAAAACGACCUCCGCAGCCCCUCCUACCAGUUCCCGCACGAAAGUCCAAUUGAGCAACUGGAGGAACGACAGAAACGCCUGGAAAGGCAGAUUAGUCAGGACGUUAAGCACGAACCCGAAAUCCCGCCUUGGACAAGCCAGGAUUUCAAGUCUGAAAGCGACAUUGACUUCCAGAUGUACAAGGAAAGGCGGGAAGGCAGGGGCGGUUUUGGCACCUGGGACCUGGACUCAUCGCUUGAGCGCGAGUUUCAGAGGGUGACCAUCUCCGGGGACGAGAAGUGCGGAGUCCCUUUCACCGACCUGCUUGAUGCCGCCAAGUACGUCGUGAGGGCGCUUUUCAUCCGCGAAAAGUACAUCUCCAUGUCUCUGCAAACGUUCUGCCCUACCACGCUCAGGUACAUUCAGCAGUUGACCGACAGGCCCCUGGAGCUACACACCCACGACUUCGACAACCUCACCCCCGUGGCUGCCGACGCGCCCGUACACCCGCCCUUAAUGGAGCAGCACCCUUACGAAACGUGCGACCCGAGCACAAUGCCCGGGGACAUGGGUCUCGGAAUCCGCAUGAUUCACGGCGUGGUUCACCUGUACUCCAGCAGAGAACCCGGAGAGAAUUGCACCGAAAUAGAUUUGCCCUGUCCGAGUUUAGAGGAAUUUGUGGUCGACCACAACUCGCUGAUGCCACUGAUCAUCAACGGGCCGAUGAAGUCCUUUUGCUACCGCAGGCUUCAGUACCUCAGCUCAAAGUUCCAGAUGCACGUGCUCCUUAACGAAAUGAAGGAGCUGGCGGCCCAGAAGAGGGCUCCUCACCGCGACUUUUACAACAUUCGCAAGGUGGACACACACAUUCACGCCGCAUCUUGCAUGAACCAGAAGCACCUUUUGCGCUUCAUCAAGUGCGCCAUGAAGAAGCAUCCCGACGAGAUUGUGCACGUGGAGCAGGGGCGCGAGCAGACGCUGCGCGAGGUCUUCGAGAGCAUGAACCUGACUGCCUACGACCUGAGCGUGGACACGCUCGACAUGCACGCAGACCGCAACACCUUCCACCGCUUCGACAAGUUCAACUCGAAGUAUAACCCAAUCGGGGAGUCUGCCCUGAGGGAGAUCUUCAUCAAGACCGACAACAGGGUCUCCGGCAAGUACUUCGCGCACAUCAUCAAGGAGGUGAUGUCGGACCUGGAGGAUAGCAAGUACUCGAACGCGGAGCUCCGGCUCUCGAUCUACGGCCGCUCGAGGGACGAGUGGGACAAGCUCGCACGCUGGGCCAUCGUGAACAGAGUCCACUCGCCCAGCGUGCUCUGGCUCGUGCAGGUGCCGCGUCUCUUCGACGUGUACAGAACAAAGAGGCAGCUUGCGAACUUCAACGAGAUGCUCGAGAACAUCUUCCUUCCCCUCUUCGAGGUCACGAUUAACCCGCAGAGCCACCCCGAGCUGCACCUGUUCCUCGAGCACGUGCACGGGUUCGACAGCGUCGACGACGAGUCGAAGCCCGAGAACUACCUGUUCAACAUGGAGACGCCGCUUCCUGACGUCUGGGUUAUGGACGACAACCCGCCCUACGCGUACUACCUGUACUACAUGUUCGCGAACAUGACGAUCCUGAACCACCUGCGUAAGCAGCGCGGCUUCAACACCUUCGUGCUGAGGCCGCACAGCGGCGAGGCGGGCCCGAUCCACCACAUGGUGACCGCCUUCAUGAUUUCCCAGAACAUAUCGCACGGGCUCCUGCUGAGGAAGUCUCCGGUUCUGCAGUACCUGUACUACCUCGCCCAGGUCGGCAUCGCAAUGUCGCCGCUGAGCAACAACAGCCUCUUCCUCAGCUACCACAGGAGUCCGCUGCCCGAGUUCCUGUCGCGCGGCCUCAUGGUAUCGCUCUCCACCGACGACCCGCUGCACUUCCACUUCACCAAGGAGCCGCUGAUGGAGGAGUACAGCAUCGCCGCCCAGGUGUGGAAGCUCAGCUCCUGCGACAUGUGCGAGCUGGCGCGCAACAGCGUUCUCAUGAGCGGGUUCUCGCCCAAGGUCAAGAGUCACUGGCUGGGCCCCAACUACAUGAAGGAGGGCCCCGAGGGCAACGACAUUCACCGCUCAAACGUGCCUGACAUCCGCAUCAGCUACCGCUACGAGACUCUGUGUCAGGAGCUCGCGCUGAUCACGCAGGCGAUGCCCAUGUAUGCCCCUUAA